CUCACGUGGUAUUUUUCUUCCAAAACUCACCUCGUUCCUAAAUCCUAGCACCGCCAGCUUCUGAAUCGUUUUCCGGAUCAAAUGGGCUCCCUCCUCCCCUCAAUGUUCCUCAUCUGAUCUGCAAAUCCUUCAAUCCCCUACAGAUCGAACAAUCACUAAAUCUCUCUGCGCAAGAUCUAGGGUUUUCAUCACGUAUUCGUCAUUCUCACCUUCGUCGGAGAAGAUUUCUGGAUCUCGCAAUUCUAGGGCUCUUCAGAUCCAAUCGGUUUUUGAAUGCGCAUGUGAAAUUCUCUAUGUUUUUUGAUAAUUGAGGAGCAUAGAUUGAUUUGAUCUCGGAUCGAUUUGUUAGUGUAUUGAAAGUUAUAAUUUUCGGAGAUUAUUAUUGAAAAUGCCUGUGAAAGUAGCGAGUGCGUCAUUACGGGAUAGGACUCAGGAGUUUCAGAGUAUAGCGGAGAGGUUAAAGAAGUCAUUUUCGUCUGUUCAGAAUGGGCCGAUUAGCAGCAGCACCAGCAGUGGUUCUAGAUCGGAGGAACAGAGGACCACUAUUGCUAUGCAAUCGGAGUUCAAUCGGCGAGCCUCCAAAAUUGGUUUUGGAAUACAUCAAACUUCUCAGAAGCUUGCAAAGCUAGCAAAACUGGCAAAAAGGACUUCCGUUUUUGAUGAUCCGACUACAGAAAUCCAGGAGCUGACUGCAGUCAUCAAGCAAGAUAUUACAGCACUUAACUCUGCUGUAGUAGAUCUCCAGCUUCACUCUAAUGCUCGUAAUGAAAGUGGUAAUAGUGAUACCACUAGUCACUCGACUACUGUUGUAGAUGACUUGAAGAACAGGCUGAUGACUGCCACAAAGGAGUUCAAAGAAGUACUCACCAUGCGGACAGAGAAUAUGAAGGUUCAUGAGAACAGAAGACAGAUGUUUUCUUCAUCGACUACCAAAGAAGCUUCGAAUCCAUUUAUGCGCCAGCGUCCACUAGCUUCAAGGAAUACUGCUAGUACAUCAGCCAGCCCUCCUCCUUGGGCUAAUGAUUCACCUUCCUCUUCUCAGUUAUUUCCAAGGAAGCAAGGGGAUGGAAACACACAGCCAUUGUUGCAGGAUCAACAACAGCAGCAGCAGCAGAUAGUUCCAUUGCAAGACAGCUACAUGCAGAGUAGAGCUGAAGCUUUUCAAAAUGCCGAGUCUACUAUCCAUGAGCUGGGCAGCAUUUUUAAUCAGCUUGCUACCUUGGUUUCUGAGCAAGGGGAGGUUGCAAUCAGGAUUGAUGAGAACAUGGAUGACACACUAACAAAUGUGGAAGGGGCACAAGGGGCUCUGCUCAAGUACCUCAAUAGCAUCUCGUCAAAUCGGUGGCUAAUGAUUAAGAUAUUCUUUGUGUUGAUUUUCUUCCUUAUGAUUUUCCUAUUUUUUGUGGCAUAGUGAACCAAUGGCGACAUUCGACAAAGUGUGAUGUAGAAAGACAAAUAAUCGUGUAUUUUAGAUAAGUUGCUCCGACCCCUGGUAACGCUACUGUAAUGUUUCAAAAGUUCGAAUUUGGUACCAACUCCAUUUUGAGGCAUCUUUUUACCCUUGUCUUCCAUCAGAUGUGGCUUAUUGUAGUUAUUAUACCCUGUAAGGUUGCUGGGACCACUAUAAGUUGAAACUUGAAAGCUGUAACGUUUGGUUACCAGAACAAGGGAAAAAUUAUGCUGGUAUAAAUAUCUGUAUUAUUUUAUA